AACGCGCGCUACUAUAAAGGACGCAGCCUCCUGCGUGGUGACGUCAUGCGCCAUCAGCAGCAGCAGCAGCGGCGGCGGCGAGCGGCUUCGGGACCGGGAGAGGGAGAGGGAGAGGAACAGGGACGGACGCUGAGCUGGAGCUGGUGCUGGGGACGACCCGGAGGGAAGUGAUGCCCCUUUUCAAUCCGUUCCGCAAGAAACCCAUGACCGAGGUCACCGAGCUGCACCCAUGACGCCUCCAGCGACGACGCAGAACGGGGCCGAAGGGCGGAACGAGGAGCGCGAGAAUGGUGUACUGGCGCGUGGGCUUGGCGUGGAGCCGAUCGUGCGUGCUCGACCUCGGCUGCAACAAGAGUAUCGUCCCCUUCGGUCUCUGUAGCUCGGACGAGCAGCUCUCGUUUUAUGGCUACGUCAUCGCGUACCCGCUGCAGGACUACGGCGGCAUCAUGGCGGCCCUGGGCUCGGACUCGUGGUGGCGGAAGACGCUGUACAUCACCGGGGGCGCGCUGCUCGCCGCCGCUGCUUAUUUACUGCACGAGCUGCUCGUCGUCAGAAAAGAGCAGGAACUGGAUUCCAAAGACACUAUCAUCCUCCACCAAUUUUCCCGGCCCAAGAACGGCGUUCCCAGCUUGUCCCCUUUUUGCCUCAAGAUGGAGACCUACCUGCGAAUGGUAGACCUGCCUUACCAGAACUACUUUGACGGGAAGCUUUCUCCGCAGGGGAAGAUGCCGUGGAUCGAGUACAACCAGGAGCAGGUGAGCGGCUCUGAGUUCAUCAUCGACUUCCUGGAGGAGAAGCUGGGAGUGAACCUGAACAGCAGCCUGAGUCCCGAGGAGCGAGCCAUGUCACGCGCCAUCACCAAAAUGGUGGAGGAGCAUUUCUACUGGACAAUAGCCUACUGUCAGUGGGUGGAUAACCUGGAGGAGACUAAGAACAUGCUGGCAGUGACUGGGCCCCUGAGUGACCUGCUCAAGUGGAUCCUGAGUCACAUCAAUGGUGGCAUAGUGAAGAGAGAGAUGUAUGGCCAUGGCAUCGGGCGCUUCUCUAAAGACGAAAUCUACGCUCUGAUGGAAAAGGACAUGCGCACCCUGGCCACGCUGCUCGGAGAUAAGAAGUACAUCAUGGGCUCCAAAGUCUCCACGGUUGAUGCUGCAGUAUUUGGCCACCUUGCCCAGGCCAUGUGGACGUUACCCGGCACACGGCCGGAGCAGCUCAUUAAGGGCGAGUUCAUUAAUCUAGCCAUGUACUGCGAGCGCAUCCGGAGGAAAUUUUGGCCCGAGUGGUUCGUGGACGUCGAUGACUUCUACUGCGAUGGCUCGAGUGAAGAGCCGCACUCUCCGUCUCAGCUGCUUGACCUGGGCCUGUUUUCACACACUGACGGUUUCCCCGAGGAGCCCAGCAGCCUCUCGCGCUCCGACACAGCACACUCGCUGGACAGUGAUCGCACUGGACACUCGCUCUUCGACUCCGACAUGGACGCCGAGUACUCCGAGAUGGAGCAGACCAAGUGCUAACCAACUCAUCCGUCACGAUGCCGCUUCUCAGGCAUAUCUGUCCUCCGUUAAGCCCCUCUCACUAAGGAUCGAGUUCGCCUUUCUGAGGACGACAGGGCUUCUGAAAACUCUGGCUGCACAAAAGGGAUGAGUACAGCAAGCGACGUAAGAAAGGUGUGCAAUAUUAUCAUGGACAACGGGAAAGCUGAUGAAUCUCCUGUUUACCUGCAAGUAGAGCUGGGUAUGUUUAGUAUAUUAGCCUAUAAUAUGACUUUGACAUCGCGUUAAAUGGUCGUGAUUUUGCAGGAGUUAUAAACAUUGACCGGCGUCACGUGACAUGUAACUGAUUGGACAUAAAAAUCUAUUUUUGUACCGGAUUUUCAUUUUUCCUUCCGUCUCCUUUAUUUAUUUAUUUAUUUAUUUAUUUAUUUAUUUAUUUAUUUUGAGCAACAAGUGAAAUAUUGCAUCACACUUUAGCAGCCAUUUUGUUGAUCAAACUAGAUACCAUGAUACAUAUUUUGUAUUGUGAUAUGUCCUCAGAUAUCUUGAUGUCAUAUUUUUACCCAGCCCUACUUGCAUGGAAAUACGUUUGAGGUAAUUCGGUAGCAGGGAAAAUAAAGGGAUAGGCGGAGAAAAAAGAGAAAAAGCAAGCCAAAUCAGCAAGAAAGGAAAUGAUUUGGAAAACAAAACAAAACAAAAAGAGAUGGAGAGAAAGCCAGCUAAGGGAGUGCAUGACGCCACUGCUGAAUCAUUCCCUCCGUCCUGACAGAUCACUGUUACUCAUCGUUCUGUCGCCAUGUUGAAGAAAAAAAAAAAAGUCUCUUCCAGUCUUAAGAUGCGUUAUCGUAUGGAUAUCAGUAUAGGUUUGGAUUCGGAGAGCACUUGAUACGGUUUCCUUUUGACCUUUCAAGUCACCCAGGCUUGUCAUCCUGCUAGCAUAAACUGCCCAGAUACUGAUGGAAAACAGAUACUUUUCGUCCCUUUAAAAAGAAAAAGAAGAGUGAUGUUUUAUACAACAAUCAGAUUCGAGCAGAGUGAUCAUUGUAACUGAAGGAAGUGAAUGGUAAUGUGUGUGUUAUAAAGUAUUCGCAUAUAUGUAUAUAUGUGAUAAGGAUGUUUAUUUAUUUAUUUAUUUAUUUAUUUAUUUAUUAUUUUUAACAAAUGAAUCAUUCUGGAACUUGCACUGGCUUGUCUUAAGACCCGACUGAUUCUCGUCCUGUUUGUCUACGUGAUCCAUCCUCUUUGUGUUUUAGUCGAUGCAUGCAUGAGCUGUACGCUAGUACUAAAUUAUACACCGAUCAGCCAUAACAUUAAAACCACUGACCGGUGAGGUGAAUAACAUUGAUUAUUUCAUUACAAUGGCACCUGUCAAGGGGUGGGAUAUAUUAGGCAGAAAGUGAACAGACAGUUCUCCAAGUUGAUGUGUUCGAAGCAGGAAAAAUGGGCAAGCGUAAGGAUCUGAGCGACUUUGACAGGGGCAAGCUGGCGGAGGAAGUGUGAUGCUCUGGGCAGUGUUCUGCUGGGAAAUCUUGGGUCCUGGCAUUCAUGUGGACGUUACUUUGACAUGUACUACCUUCCUAAAUAUUGUUGCAGGCCAAUUAUCAUGGCAUCACUUCAUAGCAGUGGCAUUCCCUAAUAGCAGUGGCCUCUUUCAGCAGGAUGAUGCGCCCUGCCACACUGCAAAAACUGUUCAGGAAUGGUUUCAGGAACAUGACAAAGAGUUCAAGGUGUUGAUUCGGCCUCCAAAUUCCCCAGAUCUCAAUCCGAUCGAGUGUCUGUGGGAUGUGCUGGACAAACAAGUCCGAUCCAUAGAGGCCCCACCUCACAACUUAUAGACCUUAAAGGAUCUGCUGCUAACGUCUUGGUACCAGAUACCACAGCACACCUUCAGAGGUCUUGUGGAGUCCAUGCGUCGACGGGUCAGAGCUGUUUUGGUGGCACAAGGGCGACGUACUCCAUAUUAGGCAGGUGGUUUUAAUGUUGUAAAGCCCAAAGGGAGACAUUUUGUCGGUUGUUGAAUUGCCAUGGCCUGUUUAUAAGAUUUAGUGAUGUACGGCUGGAUUAUUUGAUUAGGAUUUCUCCAUAUGAUAUUGCAGUGACUUUUACUGAGUAAACUAGUGAUCAACAGUGUAAUGCAGGAAAUCACUCUUCGUUGUAGUUGUCCUUGUUUCAACCGAGAGACUAAUACAUGUGUUUGUCAGACAGCAGACACCUGUACGGUGUGUUCAAGACCGUCCUUCCCUUCUUUCAAAGCUUUAUUAUUUUUUUUAAUAUUCGCAAAUAGGACGACUUGAUUACAUUCGACUCCACUGGAGACUAGAUUAGACCCGGAUAUUAUUCAGUCUCCAGAUAAAAUCCCGUGAUGAAUUGAUCCCACGUGAUGCAUCCAUUUUUCUAGGGGUUGGGGGU